AUGGGAAGGCUCUGGCUCGUCGGCCUGGGCCUGAUGGCUCUGGCGAGCUUGGUCGCCGGCGAGGGCUACGUCAAGCUCUUCGAGCGCUGCAGCAAAGAGAAGAACACCUUCGACUGCUUCAAGAAGAAGAGCUUGGACAUACUGGACGGAGCCAUCAGGGAUGACUCGCCGCUCGUGGUGAACGACUACAUAUCCAUAACGAAGGACGCCAACGCCGCGAAGAAGCUCGAGCAGCAGUCACUCGAGAACGCGACGACGAGCCAGUCACGCAGUUUGGACGAUAUGCUGGAGAAGAAGUUCAACGAUUACGUGACGUCGAGGAGCAUCAAGCUCACCAUUCCCGGGGACGUUUUCGAAGGAAGAGGGAAGAAAGACAAGAAAGGAGGAAUGGGUGGCAUCAUGAUGGGAGGAUUAGCUUUAGCAGGUAUGAUGGCGCAGCUGGCGUUCGGCAAGAUAGCCUUCCUGGCGGGCACGGCCCUGUUGACGGCCAAGAUCGCCCUGGUGCUGAGCGCCAUCAUCGGCCUGAAAAAGCUGGUGGGCGGCGGCGGUGGCGGCGGACACGAGGUCAUCUACGCCACGGCGAGCGAGCAUCACGGCGGAGGCUACGGCGGCUGGCAGCGAGCCCUCGACGCCAUUCCGAUCACGUGA